AUGCCUUUUGCCUCGAACUCUCCCGCACUUAUGAACUACCUUUUUGAGUUCCAGAUAAGCAAUUACCUCGCUGUAUCUCUUCUUACAGUGGUAUUCUACGAUUAUAUUCUCAAGCUGGACAGAGAGAUAUCACUAAUAUGGGUGCGUACUUGA